GGCCCCCCGACGCCCAGCCUCGAAGAAGGUGCGCCAUGCUGGGGGACGCCAUCAUGGUGAUCAAGGGCCUGGCCAAGCUGAGCCAGGCCAUCCUGGAGACACAGCUCCAGCACAUCGCCCUGGGAGCAGAGGCCAUCGCUGCCGUCCGGCUGCUGCAGAACACGGCCGAGGAGCAGUUCAGCACGGCCAUGGGCAAGGUGCAGGAUUUGGGAAGUCAGCAGCCAGAGGUGUACUCUGAGAUGAGUGAUGAUCCGGACUCAGAGUUCCUCUUCCCAGGGCUGGAGCCGGCAGGCACAGCAGCGGACUUCUCCUCCUCCUCCUCUGCUUCUCCUCCACCUUCCGGCCCAGGUCAGGUCGACAGCCCGGGCCCGGCUCCGACCUACGCCUCCCCAGGACCUCUUGGCGGGGCCGGGGCCCAGGGCCCCCCACCGGGAAGGCUGAACGGGAAGUUGCCCAUCGACGCUUGGGCCCUAGGCGGCCCGUUGGCAGCUUCUGCUGGGUCCCGGAGGUUCUUCCACCAGGACCAGACGCCCGUGGGGGGGCUCACUGCCGAGGACAUCGAGAAAGCCCGCCAGGCCAAGGCGCGUGGCGAAAACAAGCCUCACAAGCAGAUGCUGAGCGAACGUGCUCGGGAGCGCAAAGUGCCCGUCACACGGAUCGGGCGUCUGGCGAACUUUGGAGGUCUGGCUGUCGGUUUGGGGUUUGGGGCGCUGGCCGAAGUCGCCAAGAAGAGUCUCCGAUCCGAUGACUCUAAAGGGAAGAAGGCCGUCUUGGACUCCAGCCCCUUCCUUUCGGAGGCCAAUGCGGAGCGGAUCGUUAGCACCUUGUGCAAGGUGCGCGGGGCCGCCCUCAAGCUGGGCCAGAUGCUGAGUAUCCAAGAUGAUGCCUUCAUCAACCCUCAUCUGCAAAAAAUCUUUGAGCGUGUGCGACAGAGCGCAGACUUCAUGCCCCUGAAGCAGAUGACGAAAACGCUGAACAGUGACCUCGGCCCCAACUGGAGGGACAAGUUGGAGUAUUUUGAGGAGCGACCCUUUGCUGCGGCCUCCAUUGGGCAGGUCCACCUGGCCCGGAUGAAAGAUGGGAGGGAGGUGGCCAUGAAGAUCCAGUACCCUGGCGUGGCCCAGAGCAUCAACAGCGACGUCAACAACCUGAUGACAGUUCUGAACAUGAGCAACAUGCUGCCAGAAGGGCUGUUCCCCGAGCACCUGAUCGAAGUGUUGAGGCGGGAGCUGGCCUUGGAGUGCGACUACAAGCGAGAAGCCGCCUGCGCCAAGAAAUUCAAGGAGCUGCUCAAGGAUCAUCCCUUCUUCUGCGUGCCGGAGAUCGUGGAUGAGCUGUGCAGUCCCCAUGUCCUCACCACUGAGCUGGUGUCUGGCUUUCCCCUGGACCAAGCAGAAGAAUUGAGCCAGGAGAUCCGCAACGAGAUCUGCUCCAAUAUUCUGAUCCUGUGCCUGCGGGAGCUCUUCGAGUUCCGCUUCAUGCAGACCGAUCCCAACUGGUCCAAUUUCUUCUACGACCCCCAGCAGCACAAGGUGGCCCUGCUGGACUUCGGAGCCACCCGGGAGUACGACGAGUCAUUCACUGACCUCUACAUCCAGAUUAUCAGGGCGGCAGCUGACAUGGACCGAGACAUGGUGUUGAAAAAAUCCAUAGAGAUGAAAUUUCUCACGGGUUACGAAGUCAAGGCCAUGGAGGAUGCCCACCUGGAUGCCAUCCUCAUCCUGGGAGAGGCCUUCGCCUCGGACGUACCGUUUGACUUCGGCACCCAGAGCACGACGGAGAAGAUCCACAGCCUGAUCCCCAUCAUGCUGAAGCACCGGCUCGUGCCCCCGCCCGAGGAGACCUACUCGCUGCAUCGCAAGAUGGGCGGCUCCUUUCUCAUUUGCUCCAAGCUGAAAGCCCGGUUCCCCUGCAAGGCCAUGUUCGAGGAGACCUACAGCAACUACUGCAAAAGGAAGGCCGCCAAGCAGUAGCCGCCGCCGCGAGAGACUGUCUUGCCCUCCGGCCCAGCUGCUUCACCCAGCGAUGAGCAAAACCCCUACCCCUGGCUCCCCAAUCCCAGAAUGCCUCGAGAGGCCGCAGCCUCCGUCCUAGCAGCCAAAUGUUUUCACAGGGAAAAGAGAAGUGAUAGAUGACACUGGAGCCGGCAGUGCCCCUAAUCUCCUACUUACCCAUUAAAGAGGGUUUUCGUGUGGACGGCGGCUUUCGGGGGAAAAAUCCGGCCUUGGAGAAGGUGAGCAGGGGAAGGGCAAGGCCCUGGGGUUGUCCCUGCACAGCUUCGCCUCCAGCCCGUUUGCCCCAGGGCUAAGGAGGGCGAGGAGGGUGAGGUUGGGGAUCGACCCCCGACACCGAACCUCAGCCAGCCCGGCCAAACCCGCUCCAUUCCUGGUGACUUUCGGAUUCCUUGGCAGGAGGUGGGGCGGGGGGGAGGUCCCUCUCUCUCUGGUGGGUUGGUUCUACUUCUAAAGUGGAAGAGGGGUAAUUUCCCUCAUGUGAGUGUUGCAGAGUCAACCCAACAAAAGCGCACCUUUGAGAGGGGAGAGAAUAAAAUAGGUGCAGGCAGAGAAAGCUUCUUGCAUUUUACUGACCAUACUGUAGUGCUAAGUAAGGUAGGUAUGAAUAGACAAUGAGAUUUUGUGUCUGCUUCCCCCCCCCC